CUGGGCGGGGGGGACCUGCACCGGGACACGGGACCCGGGUCAGGCCGCCCUGGGCCUCGGGGUUCCCCGGCCACCUGGAGAGCGCGCUGCGGGGAUCUUCCCUGCUGGGACUUUGCACCAGUGGUCACUUCUCCAGCUGCCGAGGCGAACUUGGCCGAUGACCACCCUCCCCGCCCUCAGCCCAUAGGGACAUCUGCCGCUGCGGGGGACUGCGGACAAGCCCCCUAUUCUGCCGUUGAUCACCCAUCUGGGGCCCUGACUGUCCUUUAAGGAACUUAAGAGAGCUGCCACGCACAACACACAAAGGGACAGAGAGCAGCCGGCAGCAGGGCCAUACCUGGAGAAGCAGCCCCUGCCGUGGGCAAGGGGGCUGCCUGUGUCUGGACGGCGGUGCUGGCACGUCCCUGAGGUCCCUGCUGGUGCGGUGACGGACAGGCUGGUCAUUAGUGUUCUUGGCACACAUGUUUUUCAGCCUGUGCCUGCCACACCCUCUUCCCCACGCCCGCCGCUGGGGGACACUGAGGGCAGCUGGAUUCAACUCCAGGACCUGCGGUUCUGGCUUCUUUCGUUAAAAUGCAGAAACGGAGGCCCAGAGAGGUUAAUAGCCUGCCUGGGGUCCCCCAGCCCGGAUACUGCAGAGCUGACAUUUGAAUCCAGAGAAGAGCAAGCUGAGGCUGGAGCUGAACAGAGGGCAGGGAGGCGAGUGGUGGCCUGAGAGGCCCUGGGCUCCCCUCCAGGCCCGGCGAUUGCCGCCAUGAAGCUGAACGAGCGCAGCCUGGCCUUCUACGCCACCUGCAACGCCCCAGUGGACAACGCAGGCUUCCUGUACAAGAAGGGCGGGCGACACGCAGCCUACCACCGGCGCUGGUUCGUCCUGCGCGGGAACAUGCUCUUCUACUUCGAGGAUGCGGCCAGCCGCGAGCCUGUGGGCGUCAUCAUCCUGGAGGGCUGCACCGUGGAGCUGGUGGAGGCCGCUGAAGAGUUCGCCUUCGCCGUGCGCUUCGCGGGGACCCGGGCGCGCACCUACGUGCUGGCCGCUGAGAGUCAGGCCGCCAUGGAGGGUUGGGUCAAGGCCCUGUCGCGUGCCAGCUUCGACUACCUGCGGCUGGUGGUGCGUGAGCUGGAGCAGCAGCUGGCGGCUGUGCGCGGCGGGGGUGGCAUGGCCCUGCCUCAGCCUCAGUCCCUGCCCUUGCCCCCGUCCCUGCCCUCUGCCCCGGCCCCAGUCCCAUUCUUGCCCUCUGCCCCGGCCCCAGUCCCAGCCCUGCCCCUGCCCCGCCGGCCCAGCGCCCUCCCACCCAAGGAGAAUGGCUGCGCUGUCUGGAGCACUGAGGCCACCUUCAGGCCUGGACCUGAGCCCCCUCCACCACCGCCUCGCCGCCGGGCCUCGGCACCCCACGGGGCCCUGGACGUGGCUCCCUUCGCCCGGCUGCACGAAUGCUAUGGCCAGGAGAUCCGGGCCCUGCGCGGCCAGUGGCUCAGCAGCCGGGUCCAGCCCUGAGGCCACCAGGGCACCUGUUUUAGGGGGACCCAGGCUCCACGCCCUCUGGGACAAGCCAGGUCCUGGAGAGACUGGGGGAGCUGGUCCUGAGGGCAAUCAUGGGCAAAGCUAGCCCCCAGUCCCUGAGUGGCCUGGUUUUGGGGGAUGCAGGCUCUGAGAAGGUACUGGAUUCUGAAUGGGACUUUAGGACCAUGUGAUUCAGAAGGCCUACCCUUGAGAGGACGUCACACGCGACACUAAGGAGAAUCCAGGGCCUGAGGGGGAGGUUUCCUGAGAACUUCAGCCCCAGGCUGGCCUGAGCUGCCUGGCAGAGGCCUUUGCUGGCAACAGGCCUUGCCAGGCCUGCAGCUCAGAGGGUCACUGGGACUGAGGACAAUCUGUGGCCUGAAAAGCAAAUGCACAGUUAGUGCGGCUCCUGACCAGGCCCUCAGGCUGGACAGAGAGAGGAUCGGUCGUGGCAGCCACACCUGGGCCUGGCCUUGCUCCAGGACCUGCCAGAGGAGCUGACCUGGCUCCGUGCCUGCCUGUCUCCAGGAGCAGGACAGUGGCUUGGAGGGUGGCGACUGGGGACACAGGUGCAGGUGUUAGUGCAGGACUGGAAGGGUGAGGUGGCCUAGUCGCUGGGGCUCCUGGCCUGGGCCGGCUGAGGCAGGACUCUGCUGGGUCCCCUGCCAGGCCUCAUGGUGGUGCUCCUGGUGGUAGUGGUUUCUGGCUGCAGGCCCUGUCUUUGUCUCCGUGGUGGCUCUCACAGGGCUCUCUGGACACUCCUUGACUGCAUCCUUCAGUCUUGGCCCCCAGGCCUGGGGCCUCUUGGGAGCUCUCCUGACCUCCCUUUCUGGGCUGGGCAGCCAUGGCCCGAGGUGACCUUCUAGCAGGUUCCCCCAGGGAGGGGAGGCCACCAGCUGACUCACCACCUAAGAUGGCCCAGGUGCUGACCUAGUGGCAGAGAAAACACAGCCUCACACCGAAUGAAACUUCCAGAGCCCCUCUUCAGCUCCAGGCAGCCCCCUCCAACAGGUCCCCUCCUGAGCUCAGCCCCCACCCCCAUACUCCCGGUGGGGACCAGGUCUUGCCUGGCUUCGGGGCUGACCACCGGUCCCCUUUCUUCUCACCACAGUGCCCAUUCUUCAUCCAGGGAGAACCUCAGGGCUGGGAAUACCCUCUGGCCCUCACCCUGGGUCAUGUUUACAGUCCUCAAUGCCCCACACCAGGGGCUGCCUGAGGACACCUCCACCCUGACCUUUAUUUUCCCAAACGCUGCCUCUUGGUGACAAACUCAGCCCGAAACCCCUUCUUUCUGUCUUUGGAGACCCUUGGGCUUGGGGAAAUAUGGAGGGGGGUGUGUCUGCAAUCAAGGCCUCUCCAGCUCACGGCUGGCCCGGUGGGCUGGGACCUGUCUGAAUUUUAAAUACUUAGGGUGCAUUUUUUUUUUUUCUGGCAACAAAGCUUGAUGUUUUCACUGCUUUAGUUUCCUGUUUGCUGGUGGGAGGGGAUACGAUCUGUGACUCUGGGCUUGGCUUGGGGGAACAGUUGUCACUGCCCCUGGGGAGAGGGGCAGCUUGGGCUGGAGAAGCACAGCCAGAGACGGAGCCCCUCGAGAGGGAUCCUUGGCUGCUUCAUUGUCUUCCCCCCAGCAAGCCCUGCCCUCCUCCACAGGCACCUCUGGGGUCUUGGUACGGUCCCCGCUCACCUCCUUCCAGAGUCCUGAGUGGUGUGGGUGGGGGUGGCACAGGAUCUGGGGCUUGGGAGGGGUUCAGAGCUGCCCAGAGCCCCGUGUCCUGGCAGACUCAGCUGGUGGGGUGAGGUGUUAACCCCAGUCCUGGCGUAGGUUUACAGACUCCCAAGGUACGCUGGCCCUGGUCUGGGAGAGAGAGGUGGGGGAUGUCCCCUACCAAAGCACAAGGCGGGGUCAGGCUGCCUCCCAGGUUGGGUGUCGGGGGAGCUUUCCGGCAGCCUGGGGGGGAGAUGCAAGGGCUAAAAUAAAAUUUUGUCAAGUAA